AUGUCCUUGGUCUAUGACUACAGUUCUGAUUCAGACCCAGAGGGACUCUCAUCAUCAGGAAAAACGUCCUUCGAGCAAGGGAAGUCAGAAUUUGUACCUACUGCUAACGGUGAGCCUGACAGCGAAGGAUCGAAGAGGCACGGGAAACAGGAUGAGCUAAAUUAUAAAUCAAAACGACCAAAACGCUCCAAGAGGAAAGGAAAAGGGCCAUGGGCAUCAUGGUCCUCGUCUGAUGAGGAAGAGGAGGAGACUGGAAAUAUCAGUGGCAAGCCUGUAAAAUUUGAUUCCGACCGUUCUCAACCAGGUUAUAGAGAAAAUGAGUUUGAUUUGAAAAAUGAUAAUGAUGUCGAAACAGUUCAGGAGAGUAGUCAGUUUUAUGGAGAAUCAUUGGUGGACUACCAGGGACGCUCUUUUCUUAAACCGCCUCUGGAGGAAAAUGUGAAUUUCACCAAAGAGCCUCUUUCCUUCCGUACUUUCUUGCCAAAAAAGCUUCUUCAUAGGUAUGCUGGUCAUGGAAGCGGUACAAACGUGGUACGGAUGCUGCCAAAAAGCGGGCAUCUAUUUUUGUCUGGGGGUAAUGACAACAUUCUAAGGCUUUGGGACAUGUACCACGAACGCCAGUUACUGCGAGACUAUAAGGGACACUCCAGAGGUAUUCGAGACGCUAAUUUUAAUGAUGACGGAACCGAUUUUGUCAGUGUGUCUUUUGACCAGCAAAUGAAAAUAUGGGAUACAGAGACUGGAACCAUCAAGCAUCGUUACAGCUUCUCAAGCACGCCGAAUUGUGCGGAGUACCGCCCAAAUAAUUCAAAUGAGCUGAUUGUGGGAUUAUCAAAUAGUGAAAUUAGGCAUUAUGAUCUGCGUGUCUCACACAAGCAGGGCUUAGUUCAAACUUACGACCACCACUUGUCAUCGAUCAUCGCUCUAAAGUAUUUCCCCGACGGUUCUAAACUCAUCAGUUCGUCAGAGGAUAAAACCAUGCGCAUCUGGGAAAAUCAGGUCAACAUUCCCAUCAAACAAAUAAGCGAUACUGCUCAAUAUUCAAUGCCCUACGUCGCGAUUCAUCCCGCGAACAAUUAUUUUGCUGCCCAAAGCAUGGACAACGCCAUUUACACAUUUUCCAUGAAACCUAAAUACAAAAGACACCCUAAGAAGAAGUUUGAAGGGCACAAGUGCGCAGGUUAUGGUAUUGGGUUUACGCUCUCGCCUGAUGGUCGGUACAUUUGUUCAGGGGACACGGGAGGCCAAAUUUUCAUAUGGGACUGGAAAACCACACAUUUGUUGAAGCAGCUUGAAGUCCCGGACAAAAAACCUAUUUCUACGUUAGCGUGGUCACCGCAGGAGACUAGUAAAUUAGUGUGCGCGGGCAAUGGUGGAUACAUUUAUUUAUAUGACUGA